UGCGUUGCGAGUUUCACCGCAACCGGACUCGUACAGGGGUGCGCGGACAGCCACCGCCCCGUUCAAUGGCCGCCGCGCUUUACCUCCCGGCGAACCCAAAUCCUCCGCCUAACCCCACCUCAACCCUCCGCCAGCCGCUGCCGCGGCCUUCCACUUCCGGCGAGCUCCACUUCCGUCCCCGCCUAGUGCCCCGUCGAGCCCGCGCUCGAACCCAUCUCCCCGCCGCGUUCGGGAGGCGACCGCCCGCGGCGGCUGCGGCCGAGCGCGGAGGGAAGGACUACUACGCCACGCUGAACGUCCGGCGCGACGCCACCAUGAAGGAGGUCAAGAGCGCCUACCGCACCCUCGCGCGCAAGUACCACCCGGAUAUGAACAAGAGCCCUGGGGCAGAAGAAAAAUUUAAGGAGAUAAGUGCUGCAUACGAGGUUCUGUCGGACAAAGAGAAAAGAUCUUUGUAUGAUCGGUUUGGAGAAACAGGACUUCAUGCAGAUUAUGGAGGUGGAGAUUUCAGUGCACAUGGGGUUGAUCCAUAUGAACUCUUCAAUGCAUUCUUUGGCAGUUCUAACAAAUUCUUUGGAGAUAGCAUGGGUCCAGGGCGAUUUCAUUACAGUUCAAAUGUCAAUGAUAACAGGGGACUUGAUAUUCGCUAUGAUCUUCUCCUUCCUUUUGAAGAAUCAAUCCUUGGAGGCAAACGGGAGAUCAGUAUUUCUCGACAUGAAACAUGUGGCGCUUGCCAUGGAUCUGGAGCUAAAUCUAGCGAUAGCAUAACAGAAUGUACACAAUGCAGAGGUCAAGGCAGGUCGAUGAAAUCUCAGAGGACACCUUUUGGUAUAGUAUCUCAGAUAUCUUCUUGCUUAAACUGUGAUGGCAGUGGGAAGAUAAUUACUGAUCAUUGCGCAAGCUGUUAUGGUUCAGGCAAAGUCCAAGUUGAACGAAGUAUAGAAGUAGACAUACCGGGAGGUAUUGAAGAUGGCUCAGCCGUUCGACUUACCGGAGGAGGUAGUGUUGAUAAGCAAAGGGGCGUAAGUGGUGACUUGUAUAUAUUUGUUCGUGUUGAAGAAAAACAAGGCAUCCACAGAGAAGGUCUCAAUCUGUGCUCGGAUGUCACGAUUGAUUACACUGAUGCAAUUUUAGGAACAACGGUGAAGGUUGAGACAAUAGAGGGAUUGAAGGAUCUUUAUAUUCCUCCUGGAACUCAGCCUGGGGAGAAGUUGAAGUUUGCGCAACUGGGAGCUCCAGACAUUAAGAGGCCUAACCAUAGAGGCGAUCACAACUUUGUGAUAAAGGUGAAGAUCCCAAGGAAUAUCAGUGACCAGGCACGUUCACUUGUUCAAGAUCUUGCCGCACUAAAGGGAACUCAGGGCAUUUCAGUUCCUAGUGAUGAAACUAUAGACCAAGGAAACUUGAGAGACGGAAGCCAUCAUUCUUCGGCAAGGAAGAAAACAUCGUUUUGGGGGUCUGUCAGGAAUCUGUUCAGGGCUGAUGAAGGGGAUCAGAGGUUUGCUUCGAUCAGUGCACAACCUGUUAUUCCACGGUGGACUUAUCAACGCGGAGUUCAUCGUGCUGCCCCAUUGUUAGAAGGAUGCUUCAUGAUCGCAGCACUCAUCUUCGUGAUGAGCAGAAGGGACAAAUUCAGGUUUUGCCCGAAGGGGGACGAUCGCACAACUAAACCUGAAGAUGGAGAGUGAAGUUCGGUAGCGCUGUUUGUUGGAUGUUAAUAGUGUAAUGGAUCUGAAUCCGGUUGCACAAAUCUGUUUCUCGGACAGAUUGGCGAUCAUAUUGUUUGCGCCCCGCCAGUUCUGUUAUUGUGUGAGAAGCCAGGAAGAAGCAGGGACCAGAGUAACAUCAGUGAACAUAGAACAACACAUUUGUACUAGUAGUGCUACUAGACUAGUGCUCAUGCCUUGAACAGAUUAAAAUAUGAAUAUGUGAUAGAAAAUAUUUACUACAAUUGUAAAGAAGCUGUUGACUCAAGAAUGAAACAUGUUACAUGCAAAAGAGAUUGACAUAUGUUUGAAGAAGCUGGUGACAAAUGCCGUGGAAGUUUUUAAAACAUGUUUCAAAUAUUUCAAAGAGAUAGAAAUAUAUUGUACAGGAGCAUUUGUAAUGCGUUCCACUUGAUUGGUUCUGUUGGACUCCACACGGGGCAGAGACACCACCGCAUUCGUCUCACCGGCCGCUACCGCAGCCGACCGGAUCCAUCAGCCGCCAUGCGUCCGCGUCCACCGCUCCACCGGAUUCAGCGGCGGCGGACCCCCGCGGCCUGCAGCUGCCUCCUCCUCCUCCUCCUCUCUCUCCUCAUCUCCCCCACCGCCGCCGCCGCCAAGUCCUCCGGCCGCCCCAUCACCGACAAGGAGAUCCGCGAGAACAAGGCCGCCUGCUACACCGACGUCGAGAACGGGCUGUGGGGAUUCGCGUGCAGGUCGUCCACCACGGAGAAGGAGAACUGCGUGCUGCGCUGCCUCUCGCCGGAGUGCUACAACCUCAUAUACGGCGGCGAUCCGCUUGAGGAAGGGGAGCUAGACUAUGUCCGCAGCCAUGAGUACAAGUACUGCAUGCACAAGGUAUCCCUUGGAGAAAGCUUGGAUGGUGUGAAGGGUUCCUUCAGCUAUUCAUGAAGGAUUUACACUUUCUGCCAACGGAGUGAACAGAGAAACAUUCUCCAAGUCUGCUGUAAACAGUAAACAGUAACAUUUCCUAACAUAUGGUGUAUCUUUAUGUUGCAUUAUGCAGUAGGUAUAUUUGUAUGAAAUUCUUAGUCACCAAUCCAACAUAUAUCUUUCCAGUGUUUUCA